UCAUCUCUAAAAUUCAAUAACAAUUACAGUAAACCCAAAAUGCAUAGCCUUGAUCAAUUGAUGCACACCAUUUUGUUGACCUUGGCCAUUCCCCUGUUCUUGCUCCUCCUCCUCAAAACAAAGACAAAAUUUUCAACACAGAAAAAUAAGAACCAACUUCCWCCAAGCCCUCCAAAGCUCCCUUUGUUGGGCCACUUGCAUCUCAUCGGCUCCCUCCCCCAUCGCUCCUUAUGGAAGCUUUCAACAAAAUACGGCCCCGUCAUGCGCCUCCACCUCGGCUCCGUCCCGACCAUCRUAAUCUCCUCCGCCGCUGCCGCACGAGACAUGUUUAAGCUCCACGACCUCGCUUCUUGCAGCCGCCCUCCCUUAUCCGGCAGCGGAAGAUUGUCSUACAAUUUCCUCGACAUAAGUUUCUCCCCAUACGGCGACCACUGGAGGGAGGUUCGAAAAAUCUGCGUGCUUGAGCUGUUCAGCGUCAGGCGGGUGCAGUCGUUUCGGGGGGUUAGAGAACAUGAGGUGGGUCUGCUUAUAAACUCCAUCGCUCAAUCCUCAACUUCCGGAGCUCUGGUGGAUGUGAGCGAAAAAUCGUAUUCUCUGACCGCGAGUAUAAUUACGCGGGUUGCUUUUGGGAAGAGCUUCAGAGGGGGUGAAUUAGAUAAUGAGAARUUUGAAGAGGUUAUCCGUAGAGCUUUGGUGGUAAUGGGAAGCUUCUCGGCGACUGACUUUUUCCCAAGUUUUGGUUGGAUUAUUGAUUGGAUGAGUGGCGUUCGUGGGAGGUUGGAGAAGAGUUUUUNGGAGUUGGAUUCUUUUUUUCAACAUGUAAUUGACCACCGCCUCAAAUUUGGGGCGACUUGUGAUGAUGACAACAAUAUUUUGGAUGUGUUGUUGAAGAUGGAGAGAGAGCGCUCUGAAUUUGAUGCUCUGCAACUCUCUAGAGAUUGCAUCAAGGCACUUACCAUGGAUAUAUUUAUAGCCGGAGUGGACACGGGAGCCGGAACAAUUGUUUGGGCCAUGACAGAGCUGGCGAGGAAUCCAAGGGUUAUGAAAAAGCUACAAGACGAGAUCAGAAGCUCCAUAAAAGAAGAAGAUGGAAUAGUGAAGGAGAGCCACCUCGAAAAACUCGAAUAUCUAAAAAUGGUGGUCAAAGAAGUUCUGAGGCUUCAUCCCCCGGGCCCACUCCUCCUUCCAAGAGAAACAAUGUCCCAUUUCAAGCUCGGCGGCUACGACAUCGAACCCAAAGCCCAUCUCCACGUCAAUGUUUGGGCCAUCGGGCGGGACCCGGAAUCGUGGACCGACCCGGAUGAGUUCCUGCCGGAGAGAUUCGUGGGAAGCAACAUCGAUUUCAGAGGGCAGAAUUUUGAGCUGUUGCCGUUCGGAGCUGGCCGGAGGAGCUGCCCGGGGAUGCACAUGGCCACCGUUGCGGUGGAGCUGGCGCUGGCUAAUAUGCUGCUGUGCUUUGAUUGGAAAUUGCCGCAAGGGAUGAAAGAAGAAGAUUUGGACGUGGAAGAGGAUGCUGGUCUGACGGUCACCAAGAAAUCGCCUCUUCAUCUUAUUCCUGUCGAAUACUUCAAAUAAAAAAGUGGGUCAAAUUUGUACAAUUUGAGGGGGUAGAAUGUUGAUGCUCUAGUACGUUUUCGGUUAAAUUUCUCCAUUUGUUAACGUUCUGUUUCCCGGUAUAUGUAUGCUAAUCAUAUUUGGUACCAGCUAUUUCGUGUUUCUAUACCAAAUUGAUCCAUGGACUUGAUACAAGAGGAUGGAAUCAAAGAUACACGGCCACCACUAGGUCAUUGUUUA